CAAUUCAUUUCACUUUUAUAUUAUCAAUAAUAUCAUGUCCAAUAAACCCACGUUAGAAACUAUCGAUAUUACUGUAUUUCCCAAUGGUGUUGCUGAACUUGCUUUCAAUCGACCCAACAGAUAUAAUUCUUUAACCCCUCAAGCCUAUAAGGAUUGGUUGGUUGCUAUACAAUGGGCUGCAAAUGAAGAAAGUGUCAAGGUAUGUGUAUUAACUGGUCGUGGCAAAUAUUAUACUUCUGGUCAAGAAUUAACUUUACCUGAUCCUGAAGAAGAAGAUCUUGCUGAAAAGUUUGCUCAACGUCAUCUUACUACAAAAACGUUGGUCAAAGAAAUGAUUCAAUUUCCUAAACUUUUGAUUGGUGCUAUCAACGGUCAUUGUAUUGGUUUUGGUACAACUACAGCUGCAUUAUGUGAUGUUGUUUAUAGUGUACCUGAUGCCACUUUUGCUACCCCUUUUAUGAAGCUUGGUUUCUGUGCUGAAGGUUGUUCAAGUGUUCUUUUCCCUAGAAUCAUGGGAAGUUCCAAGGCAAAUGAAAUGUUGUUGUUGGGUCGUCGAUUCUCAGCUAAAGAAAUGGAAGAAUGUGGAUUCCUUCGUAUUCUCCCUGCAGAAGGAUUUCAAGAACAUGUAUUGAAACUUGCCGGUCAAGCUAGUGAAUUCUCUGUGGAAGCCAUGAAAGUGACAAAAGAACUUGUUCGAGGUGUGGAUCGCGAUUUAUUAUUAAAGACCAAUGAAAUCGAAAUGGAACGUUUGAUGGAACGUAUGGGUAGCGCUGAUUCAUUUGAAAGUAUUAGCAAAUUUGUGGAAGAAUCUCGUAGAAAGAAGGCUGCUAAAAAGAAACAAGGUGCUUUAUAGAUGAUAAUUAGUUUUGUAUUAUUAUUUAUUUGAUUUGAUUUGAUUCCAAUAAACUACAGUAUUCUUUUAUUCUCCAAUCA